AUGUGGUUUCAGAAUAGUACGCCUGAAACCGUUCGAGAGUAUGUCGCACGGCAAGAAUCAAGAAACGCAUCUAAACGCAAGGCUGCUCAUGGUUCAGUCAUGGAGCCUUCUACCAAGAAACAGAAGUUCCUUCACGGCUUCGUGCCUCCAGCUCCAGCUCAACCUCAAGCCCAUGCCACGACGCAAAAUAGGCCUACUAACGAGAGACCGAAGCUCGUUGAAGCUUCUCGGCUCCUAGCUCAAGCUCAACCCCAUGAAAUGACAAAUUCUGGGCCCUGGACCGAGAAACGGAAGUCAGACCACUGCCCUGUCUCUCCAGCUCAAGAUCAUGAUAUGGCAAACCAUGGCCUGACUAUCCAAAACCUGGAGCUCGAUCACGGCUCUCUGCCUUCAGCUCCAGCUCCAGCUCCAGCUCCAGCUCACGAUACCACAGACCUUGGGCCCGCCACCAAGAAACAGAAGCUCUCUUAUGCUAGCUUACCUCCAGCCCGAGUUCCCAAAAGGAUCUCAAGCGUAGAUCGCGCUCGUGCUGAAACCCUUCUCUUCCGAAGAAUGCUUGGGAGAUGGUGCAAAGCCUACGGAUUUGAUUGCCAAUCAUUAGAUCAGAGCAGAAUAUCAGACACAUUGUUGAUGUCUCCCGACUUUGACGUUCACAGGUACUUUGCUAACGAGAGCUUGAACGUUCGUCCCUAUGCUUGUCGACCACCAGAGCCUGACGUACAUCCUUUCGCUAAUUCAUCAGCUGAGAACUUGACUGCCAAAAGCUCAAGACUGGACGUACAUCGUGUGCCCGAACAGAAGCCCCGCGACUUCUCCCAUCACUCGGCACCUUCCAAUACAGGCGCUCAAGCGCGUCCUAUCUCUGGCGAAGCCUGUGUUCAUUAUACACCAGCUCAAGGCCCAAUCAGCAGAGGGCGUCCAGGUUCUGUGUAUGAGACCUCUCAUCACCCACCAAUUCAAAGCACAAACGCUGAAGCGUCAUUUGCCACCGGCGGCAACCCCAAGGAAGUGUGUCUGCCUCUCAGCGACGAAGCUUCCACCUCGUUGUCGGCGAUCAUUGCAAUAUACAGAAGCCCAUAUUGCUCUUCAGUAGAUCCCAACCUGCGAUGCAGUAGCACACCUGCGAUCUCGGACCAGAUUGCUUCAGUAGGCUCGGAUCGUGAUAUGGGAGAUGAUGCUGCAGCUGUGAGCUCAGAUCAGAUCGCUCCCUUAGCUCCAGAUUCCGGUUUGAGAGACGAUACCACGCCUGCAAGCUCGUCUCAAAUCUCUUCAGUCGAGCCAGCUCGUAAUAAGGGAGGACGUCCCAAAGGUAGAAAGUCACGCGCACCAAAGAUACCUAAAGGCCCAACGAGAUUUCAAAAGAACCAUCCUGUCAAGGCCAGGGUCAACAUCGACGUCUGGGAGAACAUUCUCUUGUUCUGUCCACCUGAUUUCCUUUUAAAAGCUCGCACAAUUUCUUCAACAUUCAGAUCCGUGCUCAGUGACGACAGCCUUAUCUGGAAGAGAGCUCGUGUCAAUCACUUCGGUCCUGAUAUGCCUGACCCACCUUCAGGCCUCUCGGAACCCCAAUAUGCAGAUCUUCUUACCAGCACGGGCUGCCAGACGCGUGGCUGUGAGUCCAAAAAAACCAGAAAGACGUACUGGGCGUUUCAGAAACGAUUGUGCAUCGAGUGCUUCCAAAAAUCUUUCCUUCCGCCCAGAGCACUUGGAAGGGUGUUCAAGGAACUUGAAACCAGCGAAACGCCCCAAUACCGCUUAAUUGCACAGUACUACCAGGGAAUGGAUGAGUUUCUUCCAGGGAUGAAGUUUGACCGCUGGGACAACUAUCAGUGGCUUGGCAGCUACGAUCCUACGCCCUCGUGGGGCCAACUCCAUAGAAGUGGUCAAUACACCGCAUAUCCCGCAGCAGCUUACGCCAACUUCAGCUCAGAACUCGCACUUUUUGUGGGCAACGAAUAUGACGUGGAGUGUGGUCGAUUUUCCUCCAACGAACCCAUGCCUGGGAAGACUUGUCCUCCACAGGACGCGAUUGAUGCCUGGUUCGAGGAGAAGCGCGCUGCCAAUGACGCUCUUGUGCCCAAGCUCCAGGCUGUGGAAAACUGGCACGAGUCUCACAAGCGCAACAACCAGAAGGUGGGCAAGGAUCUCAGGAAGGACCGCGAGAGCUUCUACGAGGCCCAAGCGGAACUGGCCGGUUUGAACUCGUCGGUUCUUCAACAUUUCAAGUCGUACCAGGCCGCGAUCGCCAUUUCGAAGCCGGCCUCCAAGCAGUCGUGGAACAUCCUGCGACCAAAACUCAUGGCGGAAUUCGAGGCGACGAAGAAAUUGCUUGCGGAGAGGGAGGGCGCGAAACAAGUGCAAGAUGUCAAUGCGAUGGUGAGGAGGUAUGGUGUUUGA